AUGGAGGAACCCACUGAGAGCCGAUGUUUAUGUCGAGACGAAAGAAAAGCACUAGAAAAGGCUAAAAUUAUACAACGAGAAAAUCGGAGGAAGUCGUUCAAAAUGAUAUCAGAAAUCUUGAAGAAGGAUGAUGGAGAACGCACAGAGAAAGAGCUGGCAGCCUUACAGCAGAAUCAAGACAUUGCUGAAGAAUUAUGCAAAAGGAAAAUACAGAGGACUGUACUGAAGAGGAAGCAAGAAGAGAUGUACGACAGCACAGAAGAACUGCAACUGAAAGUGAAGCAGCUUGCCGAGGCGAUGCAGAUGUCUAAAAGCCUGGUCAUCUACACUGGUGCCGGGAUCAGCACGGCGGCAUCAAUCCCAGACUACAGAGGGCCGGACGGAGUGUGGACAAGAUUGAAGAGGGGGCUCCCAGUCAGCGUCACUGAUUUGAGUCAAGCUGAGCCCACUUUUACACACAUGUGCAUCAAGAUGCUGCAUGAGGAAAAGCUGGUUCAGCAUGUAGUCUCUCAAAACUGUGAUGGGCUCCACCUAAGAAGUGGAUUUCCAAGGCAGAAUCUCUCUGAGUUGCAUGGGAAUAUGUUUAUAGAGGUGUGUACGUCCUGCACCCCGACGAGGGAAUACAUCCGUCUCUUUGAUGUCACGGAGCGAACAGCUAAACACAGGCAUGCGACCGGCCGGCAGUGUGGUGAGUGUGGAGGAGACCUGAGGGAUACGAUCGUUCACUUCGGGGAACGCGGCACGCUGGACUGGCCUCUCAACUGGAACGGAGCCAUAGACGCGGCGGAACACUGUGACGCCAUCCUCUGUUUGGGCUCAAGCCUCAAGGUUCUGAAGAAGUAUCCUCGUCUGUGGUGUAUGACUCGGCCUGCCUCGAGGAGACCACGCCUCUAUAUUGUCAACCUACAGUGGACCCCAAAGGAUGAUAUGGCUUCUCUGAAAAUCCAUGGAAAGUGUGAUGUCGUGAUGUCCCUACUCAUGGAGGAGCUGAACAUUAAAGUACCAGCUUAUAACAGGGACGAAGAUCCUAUUGUCACCAUGGCAACACCUCUGGGACCAGCAGAGGAGGCAAGUCACACGCGUAGAUUGGUCAACUCUCCAUCUGCCUGCCCUCAAGAGUCCAGUGACUGUACAGACGAGUCUUCAGAGGUCCGCGGAGGCUGGUUUGGACGUGGAUACAACAAAGGACAGAGGAAAAAACUGACGGCGCAACAAAGUGAACAAAGAAACUCUGAUGAAAAGAUGAGCAAGAUAGAUGUGGCUACAUGAAAUUACCACACACACACACACACACACACACACACACACACACACACACACACACACACACUUCCCCUCCAGUCCUUGUCCCUCUCUUGUUUACAGUUUGGCCGGUUGGUAACAAGACUAAGCCCUUUCAGAACAACGGGCCUAGAUGUAACAAGCACAAUUCAAAGACCUUUCUCUUAUUUGCAGUCGGGAUGUUUGCAAAAGAUGCUCAUUUGUGCUGGUUGCCAGCAGGGAGGCUCCAUUAUUUUCUCAACGAAGAUGGGGCAACGCGGAAUUAAGAGACCACAAGCCAUAGGACAGUACGGGAGAUCGUAGAGUCGUUUAACUUGAUCCAUGGAAGGAAUAUAUUCUGGAGUAAGACCAGGCUAUGGCGAAGGGACAUAUACAUGGACAUCUCCUGCCUCCACGCCUGUAGCUUGUUGACCACUCUCAGGUGUUCUUUACGAAGAUUCUAUGUGUGACUUAAUUAAGUUUCACGCUUGCGUCUAAGUUGAACACACGCAUGACUUCAUACACGUAGGUGUCCCGUUCUCUUGGAAUAAUGGACAUGUUCUUAAAAGACGUUCUGUUCACCGGGGGAUAAGUUAAACUUGCUGGGCAAGGUACUCAUUAUUCAUUUGUACACACAGCUGCUUUGUGCACAGAACUUCAAUGUCAGGGCAUCUGAGAAAACACACUGCAUUGAACACAUUUUGUAUUUGUAUGGAAGCAUUUAUUUAUUUGUUUUUAGAUGGAAUGUAUUGGAGAUGUUUAAAAGUAUAACGGCCAUCAUUUGCAGCUUGUUAAAGUAACUUUGCUGAUGGUCCUUCUGAGUUGUGGGUGUACUUGCAUGAUGGCAACGAUGAGAGAAUCAAAGAAAUGUAUGAAGAGAACUAAAAUGGUCAAAAAAAGAAAAUUCCCUCUAUUUUUGAUGCGAUAUUUGAGUGAUAUUUGUAUAGGUGAGAGAAAUACAGACCACUGUCCUCACAGAAAGCUCCAAUGAAAUAAUAAAAAAAAAUUGAUAGACUUCAA